AUGUCCAACCCGUCACCGUCAGGCGAAGCAAAGGAGACGCGCUUUCCUGCCUUUCGCUUUGCCGUUGACCGUGGCGGCACCUUCACCGACAUCAUCGCCCACGUCACGCACGCCGAUGGCACCGUCACGCAGGAGGUGGCGAAGCUGCUUUCGGUGGACCCGCAGCACUACCCCGAUGCCCCGAGUGAAGGCAUUCGCCGCAUUCUGCGCAAGUACGUCCCCGACGUGGUAGCCGCCACUGGGCCGGUGGACGUGUUGCACUUGGAGGAGGUGCGCAUGGGCACCACUGUCGCGACCAACGCCUUACUCGAGCACAACGGCGAGCGCUGUGCGAUGGUGCUGACGGACGGCUUUGAUGACAUCCUCACAAUACGCGACCAGGCCCGUCCGCAGCUUUUUGCGCUGAACAUCGUGAAGGUGCGCGCGCUGCCGGAGCAGGUGAUGAUGGCGAAGGAGCGUGUACGGCCGGUUUCCUCCCAAGAGCAAGCCUCGUACACCUCUCCCGCGGCGUGGCCCUCCACGUGGGUGCGGUGUGGGGAAAGCUUCGUGGUGGAGGUGCUACAGCCGCUGGACGUCACGGACAUGCGUCGAAAGCUGCAACAGGCCUACGACGCCGGCAUCCGCAGCGUGGCCGUGUGCCUCCUGCACUCCUACGCCUACGCAGUGCAUGAACGGCAGGUGAAGCAAAUCGCGCAGGAGGUCGGCUUCCCGGCCAUCUCCCUCUCUAACGAGCUCAUGGCCCUCAUCAAGUACGUCCCCCGCUCCAUCACGGCGUCCGUCGACGCGUACCUGAGCCCGCUGAUUCUGCACUACGUCGCCUCCUUCAAGGCAAACUUCGCCCACAACCUGGCGGGCGUGCGACUGUACUUCAUCCAAAGCGACGGCGGCCUCACCAGCGCGGAUACCUUUUACGGCUACCGUGCGGUGCUGAGCGGGCCGGCGGGUGGCGUCGUCGGUUACGCGCACACGUGUGCCGCCGACUUGGGGGCGCAAGUGCAAGCCGUAGGCUUCGACAUGGGCGGCACCAGCACGGAUGUCUCACGCUGCGAGGGGGCCACAGUGCACCACACGGUGGAGGCGGAGAUCGCGGGCACCCCGCUGCAGGCUCCGCAGGUGCAGGUGCACACCGUCGCCGCCGGUGGGGGGUCGCUGCUGCGGUGGGAAAACGGCAUGUUCCACGUGGGGCCUGCCUCGGCUGGCGCGCACCCUGGUCCGGCGUGCUACGCAAAAGGCGGCCCCCUCACCGUGACGGAUGCGAACUUGGUGCUGGGCCAUCUGCACGCGGACUACUUCCCCAAAGUCUUCGGCCCCAACGCGGACCAGCCGCUGGACAAGGAAGCGUCGCUGCGCGGCUUCAGGGCACUCGCCGAGGAAAUCGCACGCGACCGUCACGACGCCACGCCGAUGUCAAUUGAGGAGCUCGCCUUCGCCUACGUGAAGGUGGCGAAUGAGGCGAUGUGCCGGCCCAUUCGCAACAUCACCGAGGCAAACGGCUACCGCUGCGCUGAGCAUGCCCUGGCGGUCUUUGGCGGGGCGGGUGGGCAACACGCCUGUGCCAUGGCCCGGUCCCUCGGCAUGAACAGGAUUUACGUUCACCGCCUCGCCUCCAUUCUCAGCGCCGUCGGUGCCAGCGUGACGAACGUGGUGGAGGAGCGCAUGACGAGCGUGCGGCUUGAUCUGCGCGACGACGGCUUCGCCACGAUUGCGGAGCAACAGUUGGUGGAGCUAGCCGCGUCGGCGGUGGCGCAGCUGCGACGCAUCGGCUUCGACGAGGAGCAUACCGUGGUGGAACGCUUCCUGAGCAUGCAGUACGAAGGCACGAACACAAGUCUGAUGAUUGCCGAAGACGAUCCCCGCGCAGCGUCAGCAGAGGCGUCGGCAGAGAAGGCAGCAGCACCAAACGCCGUCAGCGCGGCCAAGUUUGAGCAGGUAUACCUGGCUCAGUAUCAGCAGCAGUACGGCUUUGUGCUCAGCGGGUCGCGCCGCAUCAUUGUCGACGGGGUCCGCAUUCGUGCUCUCGGUACACUGGAGAGCCGUGCGGAGCGUCACGAGCGCGCCGUCGCGGUGGAGACGCCCGCUCAAAAGGCGCUGCAGGCGCCGCCGUACUCAGCCCAGGGCGCGACGCCGACCCCGCAGCCGGUGUCGAUGAUGGCGAGCUACUUUGCUUCUGGCUGGGAGAACAUUCCUGUGUACCACGUCGAUCCUGCGAACGGCCCGGUGCAUGGCCCCGCGCUGCUCAUUAUGAACGGCACCAGCGUCUUGCUCGAGCACGCCUCGACCGCCUACACAAACGACAAAGGCAAUGUUAUCAUUCACACGGAGCAGGUCGUGGAGCAGUUCACAACGGAGCUGAACCCGCUGGCUCUCUCCAUCUUCGCCCAUCGCUUCAUGUCCAUCGCAGAGCAGAUGGGGAACGCGCUGCAGCGCACGAGCAUCUCGACGAACAUCAAAGAGCGUCUGGACUUCAGCUGUGCCAUCUUCGACCCCGACGGCAACCUCGUCGCGAACGCGCCACACAUCCCCGUGCAUCUCGGUGCGAUGGGGGCAGCCGUUCGAUGGCAGCGUGACCACUACGGCGGCAAGUGGAGGCCCGGCGAUGUCAUGCUGACAAACCACCCCGCCUGCGGUGGCAGCCAUUUGCCCGACAUCACCGUCGUCUCCGCCUACUUCCACGAGGACCGCGUGAUGUUUUACGUCGCGUCCCGCGGCCACCACACGGACGUGGGCGGCACCACGCCGGGGUCGAUGCCGCCCUUCUCCAAGUCCCUGCUAGACGAAGGCGCCGCCAUCAAGACGUUGAAGCUGGUGCAGGAGGGUGAGUUCAACGAGGAGGGCAUUCGAGAGGCGCUGCUCGCCCCGGGCAAGCUGCCCGGCAUGUCAGGCUGCCGCACCCUCGAGGACAGCGUCUCGGACCUGCGUGCGCAGGUGGCAGCCAACAACCGCGGCAUCCAGCUGCUGAAAGGUCUCAUUGGGUCUUACACCCUGGCGGUGGUGCAGGCAUACAUGCGCCACAUCCAGACCACCGCGGAGCUGGCGGCGCGCAAUGUGUUGCAGCGCAUCGCGCGCGAGUACGGCAAAAGCGGCGACGAGGGCGAGAAGGGAGUUGUCACGCUGCAGGCCUCCGACUACAUGGACGACGGCACGCUCAUUAGUCUGCGCAUUUCCAUCGAGACAGAGACGGGUGCAGCAACGUUUGACUUCACCGGCUCGGGCAGUCAGGUGAUGAACUCCACGAACUGUCCCACCGCCGUGGUGCACUCAGCCAUCAUCUACUGCAUUCGCUGCCUCGUCGACUCGAACAUUCCGCUGAACCAGGGCUGCAUGAAACCGGUGACGGUCAUCGUCCCACCUAGCUCCAUCCUGUGCCCCGAUGAUGACCUCCCCGUCGUGGCCGGUAACGUGACGACGAGUCAGCGGGUGACAGACGUGGUGCUCAUGGCCCUGCGCGCCGCGGCGAACUCGCACGGCUGCAUGAACAACUUCACCCUCGGCGCGAAGGACUUCGCCUACUACGAGACCAUCUGCGGCGGCAGCGGCGCCGGCCCCAGCUUCGCAGAGACGUCGGCGGUGCACACGCACAUGACCAACACCCGCCUUACUGACCCCGAAAUCUUCGAGGCGCGCUAUCCGGUGCUGCUGCGGAUGUUCCGCGUUCGGCGCGACUCCGGCGGCGUCGGUCGCUUUCGCGGCGGCGACGGCGUUGUGCGCAGUGUCCUGGCGCUGCGCGACAUGACGGCGGUGUUGCUGACGGAGCGGCGUGUGUUGGCCCCACACGGGUUGUUUGGCGGUGGUGAAGGCAAGCGGGGUCUCAACAUUCUGUACGCCCCUGUUCGUGCCGCUGCCGCUGACGCCGGUGCUCCUACGGCGCAUGGGUGGACGACGGCCCAAGAAAUGCUGCACGACGCGGCGCGUGGUGAUUGGAUGACGGAGGAGGCGCAGCCGCUGUACCACCCGCGCAACAUCGGCGGCAAGAACGUGAUAGAGGUGAAGAUGGGCGACAUUAUGACCAUCCUUACGGCCGGCGGUGGUGGGUGCUACCCGCCGUCUUUGUGA